GGAAUAUCCAGUGCUCCGUCUGCGGUUCUCCCUUCCAACCACCGCUAGAACACCUCCGUCCAAACUCAAACUACCAAGAAGCCUCCUUUUCUGAGCUCUCAACAAAACACCUUGACUGGCUCCGUCGCCUACGGAUCAUCGGACGUAAUCCAAAGACCGGCUGCGCAUAUGUGUCUGGUGUUGGCAAGGCUAGUACUCACGGCUGGGUUCAAGUCCACGUCGGCGACGACCCAAACGUGCCAAAUUCCAGACGUGCCGAAGUUUUCAACACGAUCGACUUGCCGACUUACCUUGACAGGAGCUCAAUGGGCGGUGGUGGGGAAAUGUUUGCCAAUUAUCCUGUUCAUUGUAUAUGCUUCGAGAUGCUCGAAAGAGUCCACAUGGUCAAGAGCCCGAGAAGCACGGAGCUGGAUGUCGAAGCGAUAAGAUCCAGGAUGCAGGUACUUGAUUCCGGAGAGUCGCUUUUUCUCCGCCGGAUGCAGUAUUUCGAGCUGCAGAAGAUGCCCUGGGAGGAGAUGUGGGAGGAUGGCGAUGAGACUCGUGCGAGACUGGUCAGCUCAUGCACUCCCGAAUUUCUGCUGGAGCAAUAA